AUGGAAAACCUGCACAGCAGUCCAGAACAACCAACCAUGGAGCAGAAGGGUAAGAGUGCUACCCAAGACCAAGGGCCAAAGACUGACAAGAUGCAGCAGGACGACUAUACGCGGCCCCCUCGCGUUAGCUUUGGUAUCGAGCUAGAGUUUCUCGUGGCUCACAUCAACCAAAACCGUCCCGACGUGGACAAAGAUAUGCCAGGUCUCGCACCAGCUGAACAAAGCAGAGGCAUUUUUUCCGUCAAGGCACUGCUGGAGAAACACGGGUUCCUUACCGCCCUCGAAUCUGGCGAACAUAGCUCAGCAGAUCAGCUAUGGAUUAUUUCGGCAGACCUCUCUGUCAAGGAAAGGGAGAAUCGCAGUGACGACACUUACUGUACUCUUUGGGAUGCCGUGGAAAUAUCUAGCCCGCCAUUAUAUGCCUCUUCAGAGGCAUAUAAUCUCAUCUCGGCGCUCGUUCGACUGCUGACUACCAAUCUGCGAGUCCGGGUAAACUCCACCUGUGGCUUCCAUGUUCAUGUUGGUAAUGGACAUCAUCAGAUCGAUUUGCGUGCGCUGAGAAACUACGCCGCCCUUCUCUGGGCAUCAGAACCAGUCCUGUCGACACUCGAUUGCCCUACACGGAGUUUCAAUUCCUGGUCAAAGUCCAUCCGACGUCGACACAGUGUCAACUUGGCCCGAGGUGUAACUGCCAAUGAGGCACAUGGUGAGAUGGUCGCCAAGCAGCCGCGAUUAGUGCCUCGCUAUGUGUCACGGGAGAGAAGAUUUGGAGAAAGCCCUGUUGCCUCCCAAACGGCAUUGCUUCAACACCUCCGAGUAGACGACGACAAUCCCCUGAUACUAGAGCUAGGCUACGACGACGACGAAUCUGAAUGGGAAGACGCAGACAGUCAACCCUUCCAGCGGCGCCGAAAACCCAAAGGACCACGACGCGAGGAACUGAAAGCAAAAACAGAGCUGCGACGUAUCUCAGAAACCAAUGCUAGGCUUCUGGACAACGAAUCAACUCGUCGCGAGCUGCCUCCUCGAACCGUCUUUCCAGCUUCGGGAACCAUGGCAUCUGGUGCAUCAGCCGGUAAACUUCCAUUGCUGGACGAUCAGCGUACAAAGAAGAAGCCCAUCUCCGUACGGGACAUCGAUACCCUCCCACAGAACAGAAGCCAACUCUGGCCGACCUCCCAGAUCGAAGAUGUUCUUGGCGGCAUUGAUGCUGUCGAGCCUAACACGAAACUUACUUGGAAAGGAGUCGCUGAGCUCUUGGCUUGCGAUAUCGGUGCGCACCAGAUUGCAUACUUGUUGACUGAUUUUGAAAAUGGAAGUUCCAAUGAUAGAAGCCUCAGCAGCAACUGGCAGGGGCAGCUCCCAAUUAAUCUGUUCCCCGAGAAGGAUCAAAUAUGCAAGCCGACCGUCGAGUGUCGUUCCGCUGGCGGCACUCUUGAUGCAGAAUGGAUUGUUACUUGGGCCAAGAUUCAGUGCCGUCUGCUCGAGUGGGCUCGAGACGCGGACCCUGCAAAGUUCAUGAGCAUCAUUGGUAAGUUAUCUCGAGAUGAUCAUUCUCAGGAAUGUACAUACGAUGUCCUGGACUUCCUGAGGGAUAUUGGCAUGUACACAGAACUCAAGUACUGCCAGGAGCGUCUUCGCAGGUGUGAGGAAGCUUGGUACCAGUGCAUGCUGUUGAAGAAGGCCCAGUUGAACAAGCCGGACAAGCCUGCCGAGUCGAAUUGA